AUGGCUCCUAUUCCCAUGGUCAAGUCCGCUGUUGCUCCCAAGGUUCUUCCAGUCCUUAUCGCAGUAGGAAGCAUCUCCAUCGUUGGCGGCUACGUCCGCUCUCAACUCACCAAUCAAUCACGCACAUUCGAUCGUCAAUUUAGCCAGUACAACACCAACAAGAGCGAAUCCGUGAGAGCAAAGACAUUCAACGGCGCUGUGCCUGAUCCUCGAACAAGUCUUUUCAACGUCCUUGGCUGGUGA